AUGGCAAACACAGAAUGGGAAAACCAAACAUUUGUUACAGAAUUCAUCCUUCUGGGGUUUGGGGAUCUCCCCGAGCUGCAGAUCCUUCUCCUCCUGCUGUUUCUAGUGAUCUACAUUGUGACCAUGACUGGGAACAUCCUCAUGGUUGCACUAGUUGUGGCUGAUCAGCACCUUCACACCCCCAUGUAUUUCUUCCUGGGGAACUUGUCCUGCUUGGAAACCUGCUACACCUCCACCAUCCUGCCCAAAGUGCUGGCCGAUCUCCUGACCGGGGACAGAAUCAUCUCAUUCAGUGACUGCCUCACCCAAUAUUACUUUUUUGUUUUUCUGACAUGCUCAGAAUGCUAUCUCCUAGCAGCGAUGUCUUACGAUCGGUGUUUAGCGAUAUGUAAACCCCUGCACUAUUCAGCCCUUAUGAAUGGCAGAUCCUGUCUCUGGCUAGCAGCGGCGUCUUGGAUAAUCAGAUUCCUCUCUGGUAUUGUAUCAAUGUCAUCAAUGUGUCAGUUAAUUUUCUGCGGGCCCAAUGAAAUUGACCAUUUCUUUUGUGAUUUUGUCCCAAUGAUGAAAUUCACGUGCAGCGACAUUCAACUGAGGAAAGUUUUGUCUUUUAUGCUGUCCGUGAUUUUCUCUCUGAUCCCAUUUCUCUUAACUGUGACAUCCUACAUUUAUAUCAUCUCCACCAUCCUGAGCAUCCCAUCCACCACGGGGAAAAAAGCCUUUUCCACGUGUUCAUCUCACCUCAUCGUGGUGACACUUUUCUACUGGACCAUAAUUGUUGUCUAUCUAUUUCCAACAACCAAUAUGCUGAAAGAGCUAAGCAAAGUGUUCUCUGUCUUCUACACUGUCCUAACUCCCCUGGCCAAUCCUCUCAUGUACAGCCUGAGAAACAAAGAGGUGAAAGAGGCCCUGAGGACAGCUCUUGGGAAAUAUAUUACUUUCCAGAGUUCCAAAAAUUCUACCUAACUCCUUUUUUUUUUAGGUUAAAAUGAGGUAGACACACAAAUAUGUAAAAAUAUUAUACGCAUGAAAUGUUUUCCCUGAGGAGAUGGAGAGAAAAAUCAAAGAACCAAAUCCUUACUUGUCACAUUGUUCCAUGCAUUGCUAGAAGCUGCUCAUAUGAA